AUGGGCAGUUCACAGUCGUUUCCUGGUUUGACAGAGGAUGUGCUUGAGGACUACACAUCCCUUACUUAUUUGACCAAAGGAGAAAUCCUGUAUUUGAUGAAAAAGUUUUAUUCUAUUGAUCCAGAAAAAGUGAAAAAGGAUUUCCAUCACAGAUUUAAUAGGGAAGAGAUAUUAACGAAGUUCCACGUGUUGGAGAACAAUCCGUUUUUAGACAGGAUAUUCAGUGUAUUUUCCUCCAAAGGCGAUGGAUGUUUGUCUUUUGAAGACUUGGUGGAUUUGUGUUCGGCCAUGAGUUACGAAUGCCCUGCUGAAGUCAAAGCCGUUUGGGCGUUCAGAAUAUUUGAUCUAGAUGAUGAUGGCCAGAUUACUGCAAAGGAUAUCGGUCAAAUCGUAGACCGUUUGACUUUGGGCGUCACGGAUAACCGCGAUCACUAUAUCGAUGAAGCAUCAAAGGAUAAAAUUGCAAAAGUUAUCCUGGAUGAAGUUAAUUUUGAUAAGAGUGGAGGUAUCGGGCAGCUCGAAUUCAAGCUCGUCAUGGCCAGAAUACCGGAGUUUGCAACAUCAUUUUACUUUAAACUUUAA